UCAGCCUUGUUUUAGCCUAGAGGUCUGGGCUGUGUUUAAACAGCUAAUAGAAGACUUAAUAGAUGACAAAAUUGCCUGCUGUGUUCAUACAUGCACGCUGGAAACCGUUUACCACAUAUGACUGUAUCCAGAUAUUACUUAACUCCUGAAGUAUUUCAUCCAGUAACUUUUUCCUCCCUGACAACAAAUGUAGAGGUGUGGGGGAGGAGCUGAGACAGCAGAUUCGACUAGGAGCAGGUGUUCCCUGUUAGUAUAUAACUAGCCCUCCCGUUCCCAUUGUAAACGCUGUAGGGCGUGGACCGACUGAGAGCAUAAUAGGAAACCAAAGAAGAGAGGAAAAAAACAUGGUUUUCCCUGUUAGUAUAUAACUAGCCCUCCCGUUCCCAUUGUAAACGCUGUAGGUGUUCCCUGUUAGUAUAUAACUAGCCCUCCCGUUCCCAUUGUAAACGCUGUAGGGCGUGGACCGACUGAGAGCAUAAUAGGAAACCAAAGAAGAGAGGAAAAAAACAUGGACCCAGUGGCUAAUUUGAGUGCAGUAGAAGAGGCACCGUCAGAAGAUGUGAAUCGGGAAAGGAUGGAUGAUUUGCGGGAGAAAGAGGCUACACCUGGGCCAUCAAAAUAUGAGCUUCAGCAGAACACACAAAGGAAAAGCCACACUUUCAAGUUCCAUUUCAGAAACAAUACAUAUGCAGUGACGUGUGACACAUCCAUGACUGUACUCGAGGCUCUUACAACAAACAAUAUUUUCAGAAACAUUAAAAAGAUGAACACGGAGAAAGAAAUCGUCAUCCAGAGAUCCAGAGGAGAAGUUCCUAGAGCGGCUGUGAAGAGCGAUUUCCCCUGCUGCCUUAUUGAAAAAGAUGAGGUCUUAAAAAUAAAGUUCAUCAGUAACAGUGGAAAUGCUUCUACUGAGCAAAAACCAACUGUAGAGAAUGUAUCAAAACCUGAAACUUUAGUCACAUUUUACAUUCAUACAACAGGAGGGCAGAAAAUAAGACGGUUAAUGAAAAACUUUGAUCUGAGGCAGAGUGUUGAUGAUGUUUGUGUGUAUGCAUUCAAAGAGGAGAAUUGUAAAAUCGCUCUUAAGCGUGAUGGGCGAUUUAUUAAUGAUAUAUUCAAGAAAAACUAUGUCCUCUGUGAGAUGGAUAGUGAGACAAUCUAUGAAAUGUCAAACACUGUAGAAUAUUUUGAUCAAAAGCAUUUUCAGAUCAUUUUUAACAGUGACAAUGACCAGUCCGGUGAUUUGGAAGAUUUUGCCAAAACUUCAGAUGCUGAUGUACCAGAAAGUGUCAGCCAAAGUCUGAAUCCCACCAAAAAUAAGCUAGAAAACAAAAAAAGAAAAUACCCAAGUCCUUCCACUGAAUGCUAUGUCCUUAAAACCAUUGAAAAAUCUCAAGAGAUUCUGCAAAUUCUGCGUCUUCAGAAUGAAAAUUGGUGGAUGGCAUCCAUGCAGCAAAAGACGAAAUCUCAGAUCCAAGAGUUCUUCAGAGUAGAAUUUGGUAAAAGUGUUCAGAGUUUCAGUGAGGUGAAGAAAGUGAAGCAGAUCAUGAAGCGCUCUAACUCUGUGUGUCAGAUUCGAAAGGGGGGGUCUUCUGAAGGAACUGGUUUCUUACUCCUUGGCAGAUUCAUCCUCACCAAUGCGCAUGUUGUUGGGAUAUAUACUGACCAAACGGAAGCUAACUUUGCAGAGUUCACAGCCGUUUUUGAUUUUGAAGACCUAAAUUCACAGAACUGCAUACAAAUUAAACAACUCACAGCUUUCUGUUAUGGAAAAGACAGUGAAGGAAGGUAUCUUGACUAUGCUCUUCUUGAACUUGACACGGAAACCAUUUUUGAUUAUCCUGCAUUGCUUGAUUGUUACCGUCCAAACGCUCCUAUUAACAGAGGUCAGAUCUGUAUUGUGGGACAUCCAGGUGGAGGUGUUAAGAAAAUGGACCCCUGCUUCAUCAUUGAAAGAGAGAAUCGGAUAGAAGCUGCAAAUAAACAUGCAUCUGAGAAUCAACAUUUAAUUCAUGCUAUGAAUGAGAAGUGCUUGGAAGAGAAAUGGAACUUUUCAGCAUGUGAAAACCAGAUUACUUAUAACUCUUGCUUCUUUGACAAAUCUUCUGGUUCUCCAGUUUUUGAUGUAGACUGCAAUCUGAUUGGCAUCCACACUGGUGGCUAUAAGUACAAAACAGAAGGAGAUCAAACUUGGAGUGUUAUGGAAUAUGGCUUUUCCAUGCAGCCCAUCCUGGAUAACAUCAAAGCACGGGCAAGGAUUAAAGGUUUGAAAGAAAUCGUCAGUGUCAUAGAAGCCUACACCAAUGUGUCUCAACAGAAUCAGAACGACGUUGAGAUGGAAAAUGCUGAAGUGUCUGAUGAGCUUUGAAUUGAUCUG